AUUAUUUAGUUGCAUCUUUUUUCACACAUAAAAAAAUAAUUGCCUCAAUCUUAUUGUUAUUUUUUGUAGUUCAGAAGGCAAAUAUGACUGCUGCGACUUUGUUAUGGUAGAAAACUAACUUGUGAGAUGACAACAAAAAGCAGUGGAAAACUUUCUUUAGGAGUUCGAAUAUUAGUUAUUAAGGGCCUCAAAAACUUCUAUUCAAUUAUCUCUCACUUCUCUAUCUAGCUGAAAAUAAAGUUUAAAGACCUACCAAAUUUAUGGCUUUUAAGCCCUCAAUUGUUUAUUAUUAGGAACAUAGAAGUUUGAGAGUUUAAAAAGCUCUUUAUUCCUUGCCUCAAUUGUCCGACUUUGUUCAUAACAACCUUUGACGUUCCAAGCAUUGGCGUUUUUCAAGCUGUAUUUACAUUUUUCGCCUUUAAUUAAUUUCAGGUUCGAUAUUGGCAAUGAUCACAGCAGGUCUCCUUUUCUCUUGCUGUUUUUUCCUUUUCUCCCAACACCGACACAGAAAUCUUCUCAAGUCGAUCAUCUUUUGGAGGAGUAAAUCAAACAACGCACAUAAUAUUGAAGCAGUUUUAGAAAAUUUCGGUUCCCUUGCCCCGAAAAGAUACAAGUAUGCAGAUCUGAAGAAGAUAACGAACUCUUUCUGUGACAAACUGGGCGAAGGAGGCUAUGGCAUUGUGUACAAAGGUAGCCUGCAAGAUGGUCGUUUGGUGGCUGUGAAGUUCUUAAGAAACUGCAGGGGCGAUGGGGAGGAAUUUUUGAAUGAAGUUGCCAGCAUUGGUAGGACCUCCCAUGUUAACGUUGUUAGUCUAAUUGGCUUUUGCUUCGAGGGGUCUAAAAGGGCUCUCGUUUAUGACUAUAUGCCCAAUGGAUCACUGGAGAAGUACAUCUAUUCAGAGAACCCGAAAACUACUCUUGGCUGGGAAAAGUUGUACGAAAUAGCAAUUGGCAUUGCCCGAGGGCUAGAAUAUUUACAUCGCGGGUGCAACACACGCAUAGUACACUUUGACAUCAAACCCCACAAUAUCCUUCUAGAUCAAGAAUUUUGUCCUAAAAUUGCAGAUUUUGGGUUAGCUAAAUUAUGCCCUCCGAAGGACAGUAUCCUUUCACUGACAGGUGCUAGAGGAACCAUAGGGUUUAUCGCACCAGAAGUCUUCUCUAGGAACUUUGGAGUUGUUUCUACUAAGUCAGAUGUCUAUAGCUAUGGAAUGAUGGUUUUAGAAAUGGUUGGAGGAAGAAAGAAUGUAAAAGCAAGUGUAGAGAAUGCUAGUGAAAUUUAUUUUCCACAUUGGAUUUAUGAUCAUUUGGACCAAGUUGGAGAUUUACAGGCUCUUGAAGUGACAACAGAAUCAGAAGAAUUGGCGAGAAAGAUAAUCUUAGUUGCUUUGUGGUGCACGCAGAUGAUGCCAGGGAAUCGACCUUCAAUGAGCAGGGUAGUUGAUAUGUUGGGAGGAAGCAUCAGUGACUUGCAAAUGCCUCCAAAGCCGUAUCUAUGUUCUCCUUUGCAUUCAUUCAGAACUUCAUCUAAUCCUAUGAGUUAAGAUGAUUUAACAAAUGCUAUUAUCUGCUUGUGCAAUGCUGGGGACUAUAUUAUUACACCUGGUGCCGUAUCUAAGACAGUCAAAGAAGUAUUGAGUCAUCUGGUGAUUAUGUUACUUCAAAGCUCUGAAAUGGAGAGUGUCAAGCUUAGUUUGCAGUGCGAGCAUGUCCGAAGAAGAAUUCAAAAAGAGAAAAUCAAUUUUGUCCUUCAUUCAAGUAUAUGUGCAACCCUUGAUAGGAACAACAAUUGCAAAGAUGAAUCUAAACCUCUAUGGCAUAUGCUUAUGUUCAUAAAAGCUAUAUGCAGGUAGUCUUCCAGCUUUUUGAAAAAUGUGAUGAGGCUGAAAGAAGGGGAGAUGCAAGAGACUGCACAGAGCCACCAUGUCAAAUGAAGGCCAGCUCACUGAUUAACCGAAGAUAAUUAAAGCAACAGCUAAGAGCUUAUUUUCUAAAGUCACUUUAUUUUUACUUCUGAUAGUUCUUCAUAUGUACCUUUACACUGUUGAUAGCAAAUUUUUGGAGGAUCUGUAUCUUUUCUUUUCUUGAUGGUGUAAUUGGAUAUACUACAAAAUCAUAAAAUUUUGUAAAUUUUGAAAUUUUUAAUCAUG